AUGCCAGACGACGUUGGUUUCAUUGUAGCACUGAUGCUGGCUGCUGUCCUAGCAGCUGCAGGGCUUCCUUCGGAGAACAUUGUGUACCCGAGAAUACUUCAAUCGAGAGAUCAGAAUGGCGAAAGGACCCUCUACAUUCGACGCGGACUCGUGCUGAGCCUCGAAAGGAGCCGAGUGUUCUCGGACAACUUUGUUUUCUCAAUAGACGGCGGUGUAAAUAGACUCGACAAACUCAUGAAUGGCAAGGACCUAGAAAAGAAUAUGUAUCAAGACCGAAACCACAGCUCCGUUGUGUUUGUUGAUGAAGAAAAGGGAGCUGUGCAAGUGACAGGAAUCCUGGACAACAAAUUCUCAAUCGAGCCAAUCGCGUCGAGUCACCGGUCAGAAGACGACCUCGUUGGUCACAGAUUAUUAGAUCUUGAGGACAUCGAUAAUCCACUUGGCGACGACUCUGUUCGAGAUCUAAGCCUCUCAGCACAGGAUGUUGGCCUGUCCUCCUCUGAAGUGACUGAAAGAAAACUCAAGAAAUUACCGGAAGAAUUCGUCGUAGAAGUCAGAAUAUUUUCAGCCCCUUCCCACGGCAUAAACAAAACAAUGGAUGAUUUGAUCCAGUAUUUUGGCCUUAUAAUGAGUAAGGUGAACCAAUUUUACAGACAACUGUCCAAGCCCAAAGUACAGUUCGUCGUCGUCGGCAUCACGAAACUCACGAAUGACUCGUUCGCUCGUCUUGUUCCUGAUCCUGCAAAUAAUAGAACGGUUAUCAGUUUGUGUGCAACCGUGGGCAGCUUCUACAAAUACGUGAAGGCAACGUUGGCGCAGGACGCUCAGGAUGCUGUUGUCUACGUCUCGUCACUCUCCGCAUCUGUUUUGUCAGGAUGUUCAUCUAACUGCGGCGUCUGCUCGGGGAACACCGUCACCACUCAAUCACUGAACUUCCGCCAACCUCGAAACUGGGAGUCUUAUGUCAUAGCUCACGAAUUGGGACAUCUGCUCGGAAUGGCUCACGAAGGAAGCUGUCCUCCGCAUCACACACCGGGGAACGAAGGGCUCCGUUGCAGAAAGCAGGAAUUCGGAUCUGUUAUGGGUUCCGGCAAACCACCGCACUAUUUCUCGCGUUGUCUUCAAGACCAGACGAGAGGCUGUCUGAUGACAAGGACGAAGAAGUGCUUUGAACUGACAGGGGCCAAGAAAAUUUUCUGA